AUGUUCCGCUUUGUCGUGGUUGCCGUGCUUGCUGCUGUUGCCGUCGCAGCAGAUUUGAACAGAGAGUGGGACAUAUUCAAAAGUACUUACAACAAAGAUUACCUGACAAAGGAGGGUGAGGCCAACAGACGCAUGGUUUGGGAGAACAACGUGAAGUACAUCCAGAUUCACAACCUAGAGGCUGAUAGAGGGUUGCACUCCUACAGACUCGGGGUCAACGAGUACGCAGACCUGACCACGGAGGAGUUUGUGAAGCAGAUGAACGGACUCUGGAUGACCAACACCACAGGUGGCUCCACCUUCCUGCCCCCCAGUGUGGGAGAACUCCCGGCCGAGGUGGACUGGAGGACCAAGGGAUACGUCACAGAGGUCAAGAACCAGCUUAGCUGCGGAUCCUGCUGGGCAUUUUCCGCCACCGGCUCUCUGGAAGGCCAACACUUUAAGAAGACUGGACAACUCGUGUCUCUCUCCGAGCAGAACCUCGUCGACUGCUCCAAACCUGAAGGAAACCAUGGUUGUGGAGGCGGGCUGAUGGAUUUCGCCUUUGAGUACAUAAAGGUCAACCAGGGCAUCGACACUGAAACAUCGUACCCAUAUGUUGGAAGGGACGGGAGAUGUCGAUUCAAGAAAGCCAACAUCGGCGCAACCGAUACCGGGUACACAGACAUCCAGAAAGGUAACGAGGCUGAUCUUCAGAAUGCCGUUGCCACGGUCGGCCCAAUCUCAGUCGGCAUCGAUGCCAGUCGCCCCACCUUCCAUCUGUACAAGAGCGGCGUCUACGACGACCCGAUGUGCAGCACGACGCGUCUCGACCACGGCGUUUUGGCUGCAGGAUAUGGCACCAGCGAGGACUUGGAGUACUGGCUGGUCAAGAACAGCUGGGGAGAAUCGUGGGGAGACAAGGGCUACCUCAAGAUGUCCAGAAACAAGGACAAUCAGUGCGGUAUCGCCAGCCAGGCCAGCUACCCCCUUGUGUGGAAGCUAUCUUUAUUGAUUAAAAUGUUUCUGUCGGUGCAGAUGUUCCGCUUUGUCGUGCUUGCCGUGCUUGCUGCUGUUGCCGUCGCAGCAGAUUUGAACAGAGAGUGGAACAUAUUCAAAAGUACUUACAACAAGGAUUACCUGACAAAGGCGGAUGAGGCCAACAGACGCAUGGUUUGGGAGAACAACGUGAAGUACAUCCAGAUUCACAACCUAGAGGCUGAUAGAGGGUUACACUCCUACAGACUCGGGGUCAACGAGUACGCAGACCUGACCACGGAGGAGUUUGUGAAGCAGAUGAACGGACUCCGGAUGACCAACACCACAGGUGGCUCCACCUUCCUGCCCCCCAGUGUGGGAGAACUCCCGGCCGAGGUGGACUGGAGGCCCAAGGGAUACGUCACAGAGGUCAAGAACCAGCUUAAAUGCGGAGGGUGCUGGGCGUUCUCCGCCACCGGCUCUCUGGAAGGCCAACACUUCAAGAAGGUUGGAAAACUGGUGUCUCUGUCGGAACAGAACCUGAUCGACUGCUCCAAGCCUGAAGGAAACAAUGGUUGCGGAGGCGGUCUUAUGAACUUAGCCUUUGAGUACAUACAGCUCAACUUUGGCAUCGACACUGAAGCGUCGUACCCGUAUGUAGGAAGGGACGACAGGUGUCGAUUCAAGAAAGCCGACAUUGGUGCCACCGAUAUAGGGUUCAUGGACAUACAGCGAGGCGAUGAGGAUGACCUUCAGCAUGCCGUUGCCACGGUCGGCCCAAUCUCGGUUGCCAUCGACGCCAGUCGUCCCACCUUCCACCUAUACAAGAGCGGCGUCUACGACGACCCGUCAUGCAAUAACAUUACUCUCGACCACGGCGUUUUGGCUGUAGGAUAUGGCACCAGUGAUGGAUUGGCCUACUGGCUGGUCAAGAACAGCUGGGGAGAAUCCUGGGGAGACAAGGGCUACCUCAAGAUGUCCAGGAACAAGGGCAACCAGUGCGGUAUCGCCACCCUCGCCAGCUACCCCCGUGUGUGAAGAAGGACCCCACUGCAAAACACCACUUGUAGACAGAGCAGAGUUUUGCAGAUGCAUUAACAUCACAUUUAUUAUUCCGAUACGAUACCUUUCUGUGUGAGAUCUGAAGCCUUCGUGAAUUAAAACGUGACACGACCUCCUAUUUUAUGGGAAGUUUGGCAUAUGGUCCUGCUAGAAGACAUCGUAUUGAAGUAAUACAGCGGAGUGUGAUGAAACCUUUGUUUACAAUGCUGGGAUAAAUAUUAUGUCAAAUAAAAACCAUGUUGAAAGAUACCCAUUUUUGUGAUAGAACAAAAUCAAUACCAUAUGAAUGAAA